CGACAGGGAGCGAAGUCGUCCAGAUGACCAAGGCGUUGAUCCUGGUUGGCGGUUACGGCACGCGGCUGCGGCCUUUGACGCUGUCGGUGCCAAAGCCCCUCAUCCACUUCUGCAACAAGUCUAUCGUCGAACACCAAAUCGAAGCACUCGUCAACGUACGCAGCCGCACACGGACACGCAGAGGCGAGGCAAGGCAGCCAAGGCACGCAAUGCCGAGGGAAACGGGAGGCAGGGAAGAACAGAUGUGCUGUUAUUUCGUCUGGUGGUGUGUGCAGCAAGCGGGUGUCAACCACGUCAUCUUGGCAGUGGCGUAUCAGCCCGACGCCAUGAUAGAUGCCCUCCACCACCUCGAGAGCAAGGUGACCAGACACCAACCCACACAGCCACUCACUGCAGCAGGCACCUAUUUUCUCUGCGGUGUGCGUUGUUUGUUCGUUAGUUCGGCAUUCGGAUCACGUGCUCGAGGGAAGAGGAGCCGCUCGGCACAGGUCUGCACAAAGGGCUUGGAUGCCGCUAAUGGCAUCUCAUUGAUAAUGUCUGUCUGUCUGUCUGUUUGUGUGAUGGCGUGUGCAUUUGGUCAGCUGGUCCGAUUCGGCUGGCGAAGGAUCUGAUAGUGGAGAAUGGGGACGACUCUGACUCGUUCUUCGUGUGCAACAGCGACGUCAUCUGUGAGUUCCCCCUCAAGGAAAUGAUCGCAUUCCACCAGAAACACGGACAAGAGGGAACCAUACUGGUCAGACACCCCGGCGGUGGCACCAACACACUACACACGAUACGACCACAUUCGGUCUCUGGUGUGGUGUACAGGUGACGAAGGUGGAUGAUCCGUCAAAGUAUGGUGUGGUGGUGGCGGAGGACGACGGCAAGAUAGAGCGAUUCGUCGGUCAGCCAGCCAGCCAGCCAUUUACCCACCACUCUUGUGUGUACCGGUCCCUCUCCUUGAUUGAUCCAUUGUCGUUCUCUCUGUCCCUGCCGUGCCGGUUAUGCCACAGAGAAGCCCAAGGAGUUUGUUGGCGACUGCAUCAACGCGGGGCUGUACAUAUUCAGGAAAUCCAUCAUCGACCGCAUCGAGGUCAGUCACCCAGCACACCGCCCCCAUUCGUGUCAUGUGCAUGACUGCAUUUUCUUGUGUAUGUGCAGCCCCGGCCGACGUCGAUAGAGAAGGAGGUGUUCCCCGUCAUGGCGGCUGAGGGCGCCCUCUACCGCAUGAAGCUCCAGGGUUACUGGUGACCUAUCAGGAGAUAAUACGACGACGCGCGCCAACAUACUGGUUGUCAUGUGUGCGUAUGUGUUGGUUGGUUCAGGGCUGACAUUGGGCAGCCGAAGGACUUCCUCAAGGGCAUGCACCUCUACCUCGACAGCGUCGACAAAAAGUGGAAAAAGGGACAAAUCGAACACGUAAGACACACAACCUGACAGACACGCAUGUGCGCAUACGUGCGUCAGCGUAGGAUCGAUGUGGUGUUGUGUGUGUGAUUGUGGUCAGGAUGACGAGAUUCCGAAGCUCGCCAAGGGGGACAAGUUCAUCGGCAACGUACUCGUGGUCAGCCACAACGACACAGCAGGCACCCUUUCGAACGGGUUCAUGUGCGUGUGGUUUUGAUUGAUGUGUGUGUAUGGAUGGAUCAGUCCGAGUCAGCGACGAUCGGCGACGGGUGUCUGAUCGGCCCCGACGUCACCAUCGGACCCAACUGCAGAAUCGACGACGGUAACUGACACAUUGACACACUCUACCGGGCGAGAAAAGGCACGGAUGGCACAUCCUCUCUGCUGUGCUGUGUUGCCCCCUGCGUGCGUUGUACAUGUAGGUGUGAGGAUCCAGAGGUCGGCUCUCAUGGAAGGUGAGAGACCGAAAGCAUGGGAGAGUAGGGGGAUGGAUGCAUUGAUGGAUGGAUGGUCCUCCCCGGGUGCGUCCGCAGGUGUGACGGUGCGGUCGUACUCGUGGAUCGACAGCUCGAUUCUGGGCUGGGAGUCGACCGUCGGCAAAUGGGUCGGUCAGUCAGUCCACCAACCAUACGUACCAACCCACAAUGACCUUCUUGUGUCGUUUUGGUUCAGGUGCGGAUAGAGGGUUUGACGGUGGUUGGCCAGGACGUGCAGAUCAACAAGGAGUGCUACAUCAACGGUGCGUUCAUCCUCCCGCACAAGGGCAUCAACAACAGCAUACACACAUCUGGCACCAUCGUCAUGUGAUGUCGUGGCGUGGCAUGGGACGGCAUGGGAGGGAUGGAGGGGUGGAUAGAUCCAUGAGAUACACUUUCUACCACAUCCAUGCCACCCACAUACAUGCUGCAGACGGGGGAAGUGGCCAUCCAUUGGCCAACCCAGACCGACCAUGUAGUCUGCCUGUCCGCCAGACAGACAGGGCCAGACAGACCUGUCUGUCUGGCUGGCUGGUGUGAUGUUUGCGUUUGUCUAAAGGGAGUGGAUGAGUGGACAACUCGGUUUGUCUGUCUGUACCUACCCACCUACCUACCCGACCCUCUGCCUGACUGUCUGCCUGUCUGCGUGUAUGCCUGUCUGCGUGUAUGCGUAUGGUGUGGAACCUCUCUCCUCAUUCGUGUGGUGUGUGGUGCCUGUACAUAUGGACGUAACGGGACGGAUCGCAUAGGCCGUAGCUAGCGCACUGACGGAUGAAGCAUGGGAGAGAGGAUGGAAUGUUGUCAAGAUAGUGGGUGGCCACACACCCCGAGAGGCAGGGGGAAUGGCACAAUGGGAUGUAUGCACUGAGCGCGGAGUGCAUUUUUCCGUGGAGUGAUGAUCGACCGGUCGAUCCUGAGC